UAAGUCGCAAGAAACUUUUGUAUAAGGGUGCGGAAGGUCAAGGAUGUUGGUGAUCCUGUGACAAACACUGUAUCUGCUGUCUGGAUAUUAGAAGCUGCAGUAUCAGAAUAAAUCAUGUCUGCUAGUAUUAAAUUUCAAUGGAAAAGGACUGCAGGUUAAUUGACAUAUAUUUCAUUGUGUAUCUGACUUUUAUAUAAUGGUUCGAAAGAAAAUUAUGAGUGGCAAGUAAUUUUCCUCUAAGAUGAAGAUUUGUCCUGAUCUUUUUCUCCAUAUCAGAUGGGAGGCAAACAGUUAUGGGUAUCAUGGGGAUGACGGCUAUCUUUAUCGUGGUCAAGGAAAGGGAGAGAAAUUUGGUCCAACUCCAACCUAUACUGCUAACGAUACAGUUGGUGGCGGUAUCAAUUAUGCUUCCCAAAAGUUCUUUUUCACGAAGAACGGGGAAAUGGUAGGAGAGGUUUGCAAGGAGGUGAAAGGUCGGUUAUAUCCUAAUUCCUACCAUUGCUGUACACAGCCAGAACGAAGAGACGACACCUCAGCUACUUGUUUCCUGCUUCAUUGCCAGAAAUUCAUUGAGCUGGUUCGGGAAGCAAAUCUGGAGAAAGCUAUCUUCUAUGGAAGGAGUGCAUUUGAAAAGUUCUAUGAGUUUGAAGAAGAUAAAGAUCUGCUUAAGGACUGUUCUGCUCUGUUAGUGUAUGCACAACUAGAGAAAUCAUCAGUUGGAUAUCUUCUAGAAGAUUCACAACGAGAAAUUGUGGUGGAUGCAGUUAAUGCGUUUGUCUUGUCAGUAAAUCCCAACUUAGAAGAUCGAAAGAGUUGCUCGCAAUCUCAUCUUGAGAAGUUACUGAGGCAACUAACUGCUUGUUUCUUGGAGGGGAGGUCGCUAAAUGGUACCAAGGUGAAGCAUUCCAUAUCCACAGAAUACUAGAGGCCUCAGUAAGAAGGGUUUAGAUAUCAAAACUAGUAGUUUUACAACUCUCGUCUUGACGGCCCCAAAUUCAGUUCAUAUAUCCAGAUGUUGGCAAGAGUCCAAAAGUGAAAGUUUUUGCAUGUCGAACAUCAGAAUAGAAGUCAUCUGUAAUAUAUAUGUUUUGGAUGUUCUACAUUGCUCAGGACACUGUGUUUUCUGUUCUCCAUGUUCAUGUUUGCGUCUCUGAGAUAUACAUGUAGAGUCUGUAGGCAGUCCCAGCUUAUUGGUAAUUACAAAUUCUUUCCACACAAGUUAAUAAGAAUGUUGUUCUAUAAAGUGGCAAUUUACAGUUUCAUGUGCUGUGUUUGACCGUA